AUGGGCUGCUUCUGCAAGGCUGGCUACGUCAGGGAUGAGAAGAGCAACAAGUGCGUCACGCUGGAUCAGUGCCCUGUCGAUCUCAUUGCUGAUCCCUCAGAGAAACAAAUAGCAAUUUUAAAGACAUUCCUUGUAUAUCAAAAGUCACAAGUGAUUCCCAACCUACACCCUUCUUCAAACUCUCCUCUAACCUUCUCUAUCUUUCCAGAACAAUGCCUCAACUCCAACGAGACCUACGCCAUCUGCACCGCCUCCUGCCAGCCCACCUGCAGUGACCCUGAGCCGCUCUGCCUCCAGGUCUGCAGCUCCGGCUGCGUCUGCAACGAGGGUCUGUUGAGGGAUGACAGUGGAGUCUGUGUGAGGGCAGAGCAGUGCCCCCCGAGCAACAGCACCGACGCGGGGCUGGUCGGGAAGUACUAUGAUGUCAUUAAUAAGAUCUUGCAUUUGUCUACAGCUUGA